AGAAGAAAACGUCACACAGCAAACAUGGCGGCCCGCACACGGCUGCCCUUGCUGUUCCCUAAAAACCUGCCUCCGUUUAGACACAAAAAGUUAGUUCACACCGAGACUGCGGUGAAGGAGCCGGCGUACCCUCCGAUAGUCGCCUCUCUCACGGCUAAGAGCAAAUCUGCCCGGCUGCGGCAGGUGGAGGAGCAGGUUAAAAAGAUCUGUGCCUCCCCGGUGCAGGAGAAGCUUUCUCUCAUCACUCGCAUCCAGCGGAAGAAGUUCGUGGUUUAUCCUCAGACAUUCUCUCGAAACGCAGACAGAUGGUACCAGCACUUUACCAAGACCGCAUACAUCCCGGGCCUGCCCGAGAAAUUCACCCCGGCCCCAGUGGAGCCCGUGGCCGAGGGGAGCUCACCGUCCCCCGCUGCUCUCACCGCAGUGCCCGGGAUCGGAGAUGAUGCGUUCGCGGACCUCCGCUCUCUGGUGACCCGUGUGAUUUUACAGGAGCAGUGGCACAUGAAGAAACGCAAACCUUUCCUGUACAGACACCAGGAGCAGACGUUCGGACCUCUGCUGAGGAGCCUGGUGACUGAACUCACCCACAAUCUGGGAAAAUACAAUCCGCUGCUGCUCCUCUCCAGUCUGGAUAUCAGUCCUCAGGUGAACUUUUACUGGAGGAGGGGACAGAGAAUCAUCCCAAAAGGACACCGGAGACGCCACUUAGAGCCAACCAGGUUCCAGAUCGACGACCAGCCGCUCUGCCAGAUCAGAAUAACUCAGCAGCUGCCUCAGUUUACUCCGCUGGAGGCCUCCUAUGCAGCUGAAGUUCCAGAAAUCACGUAUGCCCCCAACCUGAUGCCGCUGUUCAGAAGACAGUAUGACAACAACAUCUUCACAGGCGCGAAGCUGCCAGACCCGGCAUGCUACGGUCACACUCAGUUCCACCUGGUGCCUGACAGAUACCACCGAGACCGGAUGGCUCGGAUGCAGCAGUCCGACCAGGUGGAGGUUUUCCUGAGAGCCAACGCGCUCGCCAGCCUGUUCGCCUGGACGGGAGCUCAGGCCAUGUACCAGGGUUUCUGGAACCACGAGGACGUCACCAGGCCCUUCGUGUCUCAGGCCGUGAUCACCGACGGUCACUUCUUCUCCUUCUUCUGCUACCAGCUCAACACAGUGGCGCUCUCUGUGGAGACUGACGCCAACAACCCCAGAAAAAACCUCCUGUGGGGCACAGAGAGCCUCCGACUCUACGACAGCGUGCAGGAUGGAGAGGUGGUGGGCCUGAACGACGACGUCCUCAAGCUGCUGGUUCAGUUCCUCAUGAACCAGCCGUAGAGUUGUUCAGGGGUUAAAUGUCUGUUAUCCAAAGGGAUGAAGCAUGCAAGAAUUCAAGAGAAAGGGCGGGACGUGAGGGAGUUUGGUCAGACUGUACAAAAUGUAAUGUUAAAAAAAAAGCAUAAUAAUGUGCGUCAAACAAUAACACUGCACACAUACAUGCUUGAUUAUUAUAGAGCUUCUGAAAGGUCACACUGGGGAAUUCUGCAGACCGCUCGAAAAAUGAGUAAGUGAGCAGACUGUAUUGAUUCUGUCCAGUUGUAAUACACUAUGCUCUACUAGUACAGAGAUGUGAAGCAUUUGGUGCUCAGUGCUUAUUCAAAAAGGCCCAUCUGACAGUAUCCAGCUGCAGGUUUUGAGCACAGCUGUGGAUAAUUUUAUGUUUUUGUCCAUAACAUCAGCUUUUCUUUUGGUUAAAUCUGUUUCCAUGAAUAUCUAAAACUAACCGAAGCUGCGAUUCUUCUGUGACACCACAGGAUAUCAACAGUAAAGUAGCUUUAAUGCAGCAAUCAGCCAGUAAUAGUCUGUUUUUUUGUUUUCUUUUAAAUGCAAAAGUGCAGGUUUGUGCCUGAGCUGCCACAGCUGAGGAUGUACUGACUCUCUCUGUGGUCACAACUGUGCUGCAAAGUAUUGUACUGCUGUAUAGAUCAGUCUUUCUCUGUGGGACAGAUGUUGUGAGGUAAAUUAGAGAGAAAAAAAAUCACCACUGUGACCUUUCAGGGCUCUGCAGAUCAUUAUUUUGCUGGUUGUAUUUAUGAAAAAUAAAAUCAUUCUGUAAAGA